AUGUUGUUAAAAUAAAUGUUUCCCUUUAGUUUAUGACGACUUUUCCUUUGUAGUAAUUUUGUACAAUAUGGCGGAUGAAAUUGAAAGUUUAUUCAGAGAAGUCGAUGUAAGUAACGAUGGCCGUAUAUCAACAAAAGAGUUAGGGAAAAUGUUUAAACGUCUAGGUGUUAAACUGUCAGUAAGUGACGUCAAAAACUUGGUAUAUGAAUUUGAUAAAGAUGGCAGCCGAGACAUAGAUUUAAAGGAGUUUCGAGAACUUAUUAACAGUGUUUUGUCAACUAAUAAAGUGUAUGAGGAAGCGUAUGAAGCAUUCAAAGUGUUCGAUACAAACGGUGACAAUGUUGUUUCCCGCAAUGAAGUGAAAGAAGCCUUGUCUUACUUACCCAAAAAGCUCAGUGACGCCGAGGUGGAGGAGUUGAUCAAUAAAAUGGAUACUGAUGGAAACGGCUUGAUAUAUUUUGAUGAGUUUGCAAAGGCUUAUGCCUGUGGACAUUGAACGAUAUUUUGGAUGUUUCUUUUUCUUCUUUUCUUAUUUGACGCAACAAGAACGGGUCAACUCUUUGUUGUAUUAGAAUAAUUUAUUAUUAUUUGUUAUUUUUGUCCAAAAAUAAAUAUCCUGACAAAAAAAAACAUUUGCAAAAAUUAA